UCUCAUGUUAAGAACAAAAGAAACAAAAAAAGAAGAAGAAGAAGAAGAAAAUGCCUCCUAACAGACUCAACGACGUCGCCGUUACUGAUUUCGUAGUAAACCAACGUAACGGAGUGAAAGGUCUCGUCAACGUUAUAUCCCCAAAGACAUUGCCCUCACGAUACAUUCAACUUCCGGAGAAUAGAGUCACCACUGAGAAACUCAUAAUAGAAACCGGAAAAGGAAAAGACGGUUUAUUAUCACCGGUGAUUCCGGUAAUAGACGUUUCUGACUGGAAAAAUCCAAAUGUUGCGGAGGAGAUCUGCGAGGCAGCCGCAACGUUAGGGUUUUUUCAGAUAGUGAACCAUGGAGUGUCGGUGGAUGAGCUAAACGAGCUGAGAGCUGCUGGUCGUGGCUUUUUCGAUUUGCCGGCGGAGGAGAAGAAACGAUAUUGGAAAGGAAGUUCGGUGUCGGAAACGGCUUGGUACAUGACAAGUUUCAAUCCUUACGAGGAGGCUAAGUUGGAGUGGAGGGACUUUAUCAAGUUUGAGUUUCGUCCCCACUUGGUCGACUUUGCUGCCACGUGGCCUUCUGUGUGCAGGGACGAAGUUGUAAAGCAUUCUCAUAGGAUGAAGCCAAUAGGUAAGAAUAUUCUUGAAAUACUAAUGAACAAUCUAAACGCAAGCAUAGACCACUCCAAAGAACAAAUCCUAAUGGGAACUUUGAGGAUGAACAUCAACUUUUAUCCCGAGUGUCCCGAGCCGAAGCUCGCCGUAGGAACUGGUCGUCACUCCGACAUCAACACCCUCACGCUUCUUCUCCAAGACGACAUAAUAGGCAGCCUUUAUGCUCGAUACGGUGACAAGUGGCUCCAUGUCCCUCCAGUUAGGGGAGCAAUUGUGGUUAACAUUGGAGACAUACUACAGAUUUUGAGCAACGAUCGGUACAAGAGCGUGGAACAUGUGGUGAUGGCUAAUCAGUUUCUUAGCCGGAUUUCGUUUGCGUUUUACUGUGGACCGAAUAAUGAUUCUGCUAUCGAGCCACUAGCUGAGGUGCUAGAGAAUGGUGAGAAACCAUUGUACAAGAGCACUGUAUAUUCGGAUUACAUGAAACAUUUCUUUGAAAGGCCACAUACCGGUAAAAAAACUAUCGAAUGGAUCAAGCUUCCAUGAAAAGUAAAAGAUGAUGCUAAACGCAUUUUGUAGUAUAUUUAAUAGUGUUCUUUUAUCACUAUUCUGUAUAGCAUAUGCAUGGAAUAUUUUUUUUUUAAAUCAGUUUAUGUUAUACAGUUUUUAAUA